UUACCAAUACGAUUUCGAAUCUGAAGACUCUUACAUACGCCGAAAGAGGAACGUAUACAUGGAAGUAGACACAGAAGAAGAGGUUGGUGGCCAGGCAGUGCCCAUGCAAUUGGUUGCUGGACAAUUGUAUGGAAACAGCAUACAGGUGUCAAAUGGCUCGGGCAUGUCCAUUUCCCUUGACCCAACGCAACACAACUACAGCACUGUUCCUCUGGUAUUUCUACCGAAAAACACCAUAAUCAUUAGCCAAAACCAAAGCACAGAUGAGACACAGAAUACAAUUGACUCAGAUACUGACGUGAAUGAUAAAGUCAUGGCAAGUCCUAUGUAUUUAUAUGCAGACAUAAAAAAUGAAGAGUCAGCAGAUGAAGAUCUGAUUCCUGAUAGACUUAAUCAAAGUAUUUCUCACCAUGACUACACAGGAACUGUCCCUGUAAUUCAGCGGCCUGAGGUACCUUGUGUUAACAACCAGAACAGUUCUAAUGUAAUGUAUGGCGUAAAAAGUGAGUUCUCUAAUGCAACAUUCUCUAACUCUGAUGUUGAUAAUGACAGUUGUUUGGUGAUACAGGAAGCUGUGGAGCAGGAGGUGUCUACUACAUCUACCAGUCUGGAAGAUGAAGAGAUAGUCAGAAGUAAGCCCCUUACUGCAAUGUACUUGCAAAGAAAAGAACUCCCUGUCACAGACUCUUUAUACACCCCAAAGAGUAACAGGGAAAGAAAGUUAAGUACACCCAAUAAGUCUCCUGGUAGUUCACGAUUUACACUAAAACCAUCUAGAACAGUUGGCUUGGAUUAUGAUGAUUUAAGAAUAUGUCCUGUGGAAGAUAUGUACAAAAUGCGGAACAGUUAUAAUGAUCCUGUAAGUGUGUAUCACCCGAACACUGGGGAAAUUCAUUUUAAGGUGAAUGAUAAUGAUUUUGAUCUUGAUAAAAAGUCUCCAACUUCUAAACGAUCUGUGGAAGCAAUCUUAGCUGCGUCUGAGACUAUAAAAAACCAAGACAUUGCAUCAGAAGUGGAAAUUGGAACUUGUGAAGUUGAAGUCAGUCAGUCUGGGAAAAGAAUACGAAAGUCAAAAAAUAAGUUUGAAGGCAUUGAAGAGGAUAUUGAACAGAUCAGAAAAGCAUCAAAAGAUGUUGGUCCCUCUCAUAAAGGUAAAGGACUUGGAAGAAGAAAAGAUGGUAAAAAGAGAAAAAAGCCAAGAAUAAGGUUAACCUUGACAAAGGCCAAGCAUAGAACACUGGCAAGUAGGGUCUAUCUUGAUGAAAGUGAAGAAAAUGAUUAUGAAGCUUCCCCUCCAAAAGCAAAACGGGGACGAAAACCAAAGGACUACUUUUUACAUGAACCAAAUAUUAUAUAUCAAUGUGAAUAUUGUGAAAAACAGUUUAAAACUAGAGACAAGGUCCGAGCACAUACUAAGAUACACACAGAAGAACGAGCGUUUGGAUGCGAUAUUUGUGGGCAGCGCUACAGACGGCGGGAACAUCUGGUUCGUCACUAUAGGGGCCAUACAAAUGACCGCCCGUAUGAGUGUUUAGAGUGUGGAAAAACGUACAUGAGGGCAGAACAUUUGAAGCGCCAUAGUUACGACCACACUGGUGAAAAACCCUUUGAAUGUCCUAUAUGUCAAAAGGCUUUUAAUCGCCAUGAUCGUUUACUUAAACAUUCCUUAGUACAUGAUAAAUAAUAUAUAUAUUAUUAUAUCUACAAAAUUUAUAGUUGCUUGUCAUGAAUCAUGUCUGGUUGUUAACCAGGUUUUCACAUAGUGAAUUUCAUUAAGGGUUGACAUAUCCUGACCAAACUUGGUCUAUAGGAAGAGUUUAUGGAUACCUUUCAUGGGAUUGCGUUUGGGGUCCCUAGAGUCAAGGUCACUGUUACUAAAAAGUAGAAAAACGGUUGAAACUGAAUAACUUUAGUUCAGGUUGACAUAUCUUGACCCAACUUGGUAUAAAGGAAGAGUUUAUGGAUACCUUUCAUGGGAUUGCAUUUGGGGUCCCUAGGGUCAAGGUUAAGGUCACUGUUGCGAAAAAUAGAAGAAUGGAUGAGUUAGCUAAAUAACACACAUGCAUCAUGUACUCGGCACAUGCAUCAUGUACACGACACAUAUAUCAUGCAUCAUGUACACGAACUGAAUAACUUUAGUCAGGGUUCACAUAUCUUGACCUAACUUGGUAUAAAGGAAGAGUUUAUAGAAUCCUUUCAUGGGAUUGUGUUUGGGGUCCCUAGAGUCAAGGUCAAGGUCACUGUUACUAAAAAUAGAAAAACUAUUGAAACUAACUACAUUGUACUUGAGUUAAGGUUGACAUAUCUUGACCCAACUUGGAAUGAAGGAAGAGUUUAUGGAUACCUUUCAUGGAAUUGCGUUUGGGGUCCCUUGGGUCAAUGUCACUGUUAUUAAAAAAAGAUAACCGUUUGGUACUGAACAACUUUAGAGUUGACAUAUUGUGACCAAAUUGGUAUGUAGGAAGAGUUUAUGGAGACCUUUCAUAGGAUUGCUUUGAGGCCCCAAGGGUCAAGGUCACUGUUACUAAAAUAGAUAACAGUUUGUUACUGAACAACUUUAGUUAGGGUUGACAUAUUGUGACCAACUUGGUAUGUAGGAAGAGUUUAUGGAGGACUACCAUUGAAUUGCUUUUGGAGCCCCUUACAAGGUAAAGGUCAAGGUCACUGUUACUAAAGUUAGAAAAACAGUUAAAACUGAAUCAAGCAACGAAGGCUGAAGUUCCUCUGUCAGUCAUUGAAAACCUGGUUUAUUCGCAUUGCAGCGUUUCUCGUGUUUUUUUAGAGACCAUGAAGCAACACAUGUAUCAUGUACGCGACACAUGUAUCGUGUACACGACACAUGUAUCAUGUACGCGACACAUGUAUCGUGUACACGACACAUGUAUCAUGUACGCGACACAUGUAUCGUGUACACGACACAUGUAUCAUGUACGCGACACAUGCAUCGUGUACACGACACAUGUAUCAUGUACGCGACACAUGCAUCAUGUACACGACACAUGCAUCAUGUACUCGGCACAUGCAUCAUGUACACGACACAUGCAUCAUGUACUCGGCACAUGCAUCAUGUACACGACACAUGCAUCAUGUACUCGGCGAGUACAAAAAGUGAGGUAGGGAUGCUUGAGUAAACUAUGUUUUGAUUACGUUUAUGUUUCUAAGAAUAUAUAUUUAUUUAUUUUUAAAUAUUGAUGUGAUCCUUGGCACAAUUUGAGUGCUAAGUAUAAUAUCGAAUGACUUUUGUGAGUAGGUAGUAUUUCACUUCUAUUUAACUUGCUACAAGUAAGACCUACAAAAACAGACCAAUGCAACUUCAUGGGUUUCUUAUAUAAUGAAAAAAUAAUCUCCCCUAUUUUACAGCAGCCGAUUGCAACCAAUGUCCAAUUUCUCCAGUGAAUAAUCUUAUUUGCUAAGUUUGAAAUGCUUAUUGCAUGCUUAACUUCUAGAUAUAACUAUACUGGACCGAAUACCUUUUUUUAAUGAUUUCUUGCAUAUUUUCCACACACUAGUACAUUACGACAGACCCCAGUAAUAGUACAGGUUUGUUUCUUAUAAAAAGGAUAUAUAUGUUGUUCCUGUUUUUGUUUUCAAAAGCUGCAGUUGUAAAAGUAGUCUGGUUUUUUAAUGAAAUAAAUUCAUCUCAGAUGUC